AUGGACGGAAAAGACCUGCUGCGGUUUAGCCGUGUCAUAGAGGCCCGGCGCAAGCGCCGGGCAGCAGCAGCAGCAGCAGCAGCAGCAGCAGCAAGUGCUUCCGCUGUUGCCGCCAUAGAGGCUGCUGCCAUGGCUAAAGAUGAAGAUGACUUAGCAGCAGCAGCAGCAGCAGCAGCUGGGGGCAACGCUGCGUCUCAUCCGCAGAGCCACCUACAGCAGCAACAGCAGAAUAGCAGCAGCACCAGCAGCAACAACGGCAGCAGCAGCACCAGCAGCAACAGCAGCAAAGAAGAAGAUGCGGAGAGCAAAGCGCUGCACGAGCUGCUGCCUCGUGUGGGCCGCCAGCUGGCUGCCAUGCCGCUGCGAUCAAUGCUGGAAGUCUUGACAGCAACAGGAGGAGAUAUGCGCGUCGUUGCUGUUGUCGUGCUGAAGCUGCGCAACUCUGCUGCUGCUGCUGCACCACCAGAUCUUGCUGCUGCUGCGAAGGCGCUUGCUGCUGCUGCAGUAGUUGACGCCAAGGCCUUUCCAACUCCUGCAGCUGCUGCUGCUGCUAUUCUUGCUGCUGCUGCUGUUCUUGCUGCUGCUGCAGAGGAGCUGGACAAGUGCUGCGCGGAGUGCUUCAGCUUGUGGAACCCCACAGACCUCGCAGCCGUGAUUGCAGCAGCAGCAGAGCUGCAUGUUUUGCUGCCCGAGACGCUGCAGCAGCUUGCAGUGCAUGCACAGACUGUUGUUGCCAGAGCACCCCUGGAGGACCUCGCGCUGCUGCUGCUGGGGUGUCUUCGGCUGCACCGUGUGCCUCAGUCUCUUCGCUCUGCUGCAGCUUCGCGGCUUAACGCCGCGAUCGACAGCUGGCAGCAGCAGCAGCAGCUGCCGCUGCAGCAGCGGCAGCAACUGCAGCUGCAAAAGGAAAUAGCCGAGCUAUCUCCUGCAGCUGCAGCAGACCUCGUUGCAGCAGCAGCUUUUCUGAAAUUGUUCCUUCCAAAUGAGACGGUGCAGUUGCUGCUGCUGCAGGCCCCUGCGCAUGAACUCGAGCUGCAGCGCCUAGCGCAGCUGCUGGGGGCCCUUACCCAACAAGCUGCAAAGGGGGCCCCCUUGCCUCUCAGUUUCUUGCUGCUGUCAGCCAACAGCAUCAAAAGUCGCAUUGCUCCUGCUGCGCUGCAGUUGAUGCAGCGGCAAGCAGCGCAGCAGCAACAGCAGCAGCAGUGGCAUCUGCAGCAGCAGACCGAAAGCACCCAUUCUUCAGCAGCAGCAGCAGCAGUAACCGUGGACCCAGUUAGCUGCUGCACGCUCCUGCAUGCGUUUGCGUAUGGCACAGCUGCUGCAGCCUCUGCAGCAAAGGAACUGGCGCUUCCUUUGGUUGCAGCUCAGAAGCUGCUGCAGGCAGUCUAUGUGCUGCAGCAGCAGCAGCAGGACCUGCAAGUCUACCCACAGUCGCUCGUGGACUUCCUUAAGUCCCAGCAGCUAACAGCAGCCCUCUGCGGCGUACCCGGGAGACAUAAUGCAGCAGCAGCAGCUUCUGGGCCUGAACCUGAAGCAGCAGCAGCUGCUGCUGCAGCAGCCGUCCGCGACGUUGCUGCAGCGGCUGCUCCUGCGGCUGCUGCGGAGGCAGCAGCAGCUUCCCCUGCUGAAGCUAGACUUGAAAUACCUUUCAAGGCCAACUUGCAAGUGGGGGAUUGGAAAGAAAUUCUUUGUAAGGAGCUUCGGGAGCUGCGUGACUCCUUUGUGCGUGCUGCAGCUGCUGAAGGCGCAGCUGCAGCAGAAGCAGACACAGCGGCGACAGCGCCGGGAGAAGCAGCAGCAGCGGCAGCUGCUGCUGCUGCGAAUGCUGCAGCAGACACUUUGCUGCCAGAAGGCAGCGACCUGUGGCGUCGCGCUGCCAACGCGGAAACGCUGCGCAAAAUCGUCGAAACCGUGGCGCAGCAGCAGCAGCAGCAGCAGCAGCAGCAGCAGCAGCAGCGGGGUUUCUCUUCGCGGCAGCUUUUCUCUCUUGCCUAUUCCUUGGGGUCAACUUCACUGCUAAGUCCUCUUCAGGACGCUCUCUCCACCGCUCCGUUUUUUUGCUGCUGCGAACAAAGUGCAGCAGCAGCCGCUGCAGCAAGUGCUGCAGCAGCGGCUGCUGCAGAGCCUGCCGCUGCUGCUGCAGCUCCAGUAAGGCUGCAGAGAGAAGUUCUGGGGAUCUUGCUGAGUGUUCUCCAGCAGCAGCAGCAGCAGCAGCAACUACCGGCCCCUAGGAGCACUGCUGAAGCGCUGCAGCAAUACGCUGUCAGCAGCUACUGCAUGCGCGUGCUCUCUAUGCCCCUGGCCCACAACUUUGGCCCAGAGGGCCAACUCGAGGUGGGGGCCCCCCUGCCUGGGACCCCCCUGCCUGGGGCCCCCCUGCUGGGGGCCCCCCUGCCUGCUGGGGGCCCCCCAGGCCUGCAGCUAAGGGCCCCCCGGGUAGAGCAGGAGCUGUUUUCUGUGCUGAAGGAGGAGGGAGUCUCAGUGGUGCUGGGGCCCCGGCUGGGCCCCUGGGUCUGUGUUGCUGCUGCUGAGACUAGCAGCAGCACGGCCUACUGCUACCUGCCUCCCUCCUGCCUGCAUGCUUCGGCGCGGCUAGCAGCAGCAGCAGCAGCAGAGACGCAGGUACAGCAGCAGACAGGCAGCAAAGUGCAGCAGCUAAGGGUGGAGACGGACGGCCUGGGCUUUGUCUGGGUCGGGGGCUGCAGCAAACUGCAGCAAGACACUGCUGCAGCACUCAAAGCCCUGCAGUGGUGGGGCUGGGCCAUUUUGCUGCUGCCCCACACUCUCUGGGAGGGCCAAACUUCUCCCAGGCAGCGCGCGGAGGCCCUCAAGAGGGCCCGCGAGAGGGCCUCGGGGCCCCGCGCAGCAUAA